ACGUCCCUCCAGCUUCAAGUGCCAGAUAUCUUUCAAAGAGAUUACUAUUAUACAUCGGUAGCAUUGAUUGUUUUGUUUUUAUAAAUUUGUGAUUGAAGUUUCUUUACAUGUGAAGUGCGUCAUGGAUUCCCAGCAAUUUCGCGAGUGUGGGCAAGCAGUUAUCGAAAUGUUGGCCAAUUAUUACGAUAAUAUUCGAACCAGAAAUGUUUUACCAUCAGUAGAGCCGGGAUACCUUAUAAAAACAGCGCCGGAAAAUGCUCCAGAGCAGCCCGAAGAAUGGGAAAAUGUCCUCAAGGAUUUUUGCGAAACGGUGAUGCCUGGCCUGACACAUUGGCAAUCUCCACAAUUCCACGCCUACUAUCCCACAGGGGGAUCCUAUGCUAGCUUAAUCGGGAGUCUCCUUUGUGAUGGAAUUGCAGUAAUGGGAUUUACCUGGAUAGCGAGUCCUGCAUGCACUGAAUUAGAAGUUGUAACUAUGAACUGGCUUGGCAAGCUGCUGGGUUUACCUAAGGAAUUUCUAAACUGCUCCGCUGGUCCUGGUGGUGGAAUUAUACAGGGUUCUGCCAGUGAAGCAACACUUGUUGGAUUAUUAGCUGCUAAAGAUAAAAUGGUUAGAAGACUACUUGAAAUCGAUCCAGAUAUAGAUGAAGACUUAUUAAAAAUGAAAUUCGUGGCAUACACCUCUGACCAGUGCAACUCUUCAGUUGAAAAAGCUGGAGUUCUCGGAUCAAUGAAAAUGAGACUUCUUAAGACCGAUUCAAAUUGCAAAUUGCGAGGGGAAACAUUAAGGCAAGCUUUUGAGGAAGAUAAAGCUCAGGGGCUCAUACCAUGUUACGUCAUCGCGAACUUGGGUACUACUGGCACUUGCGCUUAUGAUCCCCUUUAUGAAUUAGGUCCUGUUUGUAAAGAAUACAAUGUUUGGUUGCACGUUGAUGCUGCGUAUGCUGGGGCGGCAUGUGUUUGCCCAGAAUACAGACACAUAAUGAAAGGAGUGGAAUACGCCGAUUCCUUCGACGUAAAUGUGCACAAAUGGCUUCUCGUAAAUUUUGACUGUUCGGCUAUGUGGGUUAAGGACAGUUACGACUUGAUUAAUGCAUUUGAUGUACAGCGUAUUUACUUGGAUGAUGUUAAAUCAGAAGUAAGAGUACCAGAUUAUCGGCAUUGGCAAAUGCCUCUAGGUCGUCGAUUUAGAGCACUUAAAUUGUGGACUGUCUUAAAAAUGUAUGGCGCAGAAGGUUUACGAAGCCACAUUAGAAAUCAUAUUAGUUUGGCACAGCAUUUCGCUAAAUUAGUAGAAGCAGAUGAGAGAUUCGUAGUGGAACCAGAACCAACUAUGGGCUUAGUUUGCUUUAGACUUAAGAAUGGUGAUAAAAUAACUAAACAACUGCUUGACAAUUUGACGGCUACCAAAGAAGUGUUCAUGGUCGCUUGCACUUAUAGGAGUCGAUAUGUUAUUAGAUUUGUUAUUUGCUCGCGAUUUACUACAAAGGAAGAUGUUGAAGUUAGUUGGAAUAUUAUUACAAGGGAAGCCAAUCGUUUAGUAUGCCCAACUAAGGUAAUAGGCAAAUCUCAGUCAAUUUCGUCACUUGAUUUUGAUACUUUGAGUAUCUGUGAAAAAUCAAAGUAAAUAAAAUAAUACAAACAAACCUAGGAAUACUAUUAUGCAGUGUUAAUUAGAUGAAUUUUAAGGGAUUGGAAUUAAAAUUGCUUGAGAAAUAAACCAGUGCGAAAUUUUGAUUUUUUACUGACUU